AUGAAGCUGACGUCGCUGCUGGCGUCUGGAGCGGGGCUCGUCGCCUCCGCGGCAGCUCAAGGCGGCUACAUCUACACAAUCGACCAGUCCGUCAUAUCAUCAUCGACAGCAACUAUCGACUCAGAUACCGCAAGCUCCAUCAUAGCCCGGAGACGAGGCCUAACGGCAGGCCGCUCGAUAGGCACCACCGAUGAGGUCGUAAUUGACACACUCAAGAACUACGGCGGCUGGCAGCAGCCCCUCUUCGGAGAGAAAGAUGAAGAAGCACCCGGCAAAUUGUUCAUCAGGAUAUCUGGCUUCGAUGGCGCCGUCACUGACCUCACGAGUGCCAUGCCAGAUCUAUGGAUCGAAGAGCCGACACAAGAUCUCAAGACGGACUUCAAAGCGAAUGUCGACCGUAAGGACGGUAUCUGCGAGUACUACGUGCCAACCGGCAGCUCGAACAAGGAUAUCGAGGUUGUCUUCUCAUAUCCCACUGAAGGCGACCUGGGCUGCCUCUCCGCCUCCGAGAUCCCUCAGCUUCCAAUCACCCUCGCUAUUCAGUCGGUCCUUCCCACCGCUGCCUCCUCUAUCCCCUCCACCAUGAUGCCCCUCAAGCGCAUCCUCGCCCACCUCCUGGCGACCCAAGGCGUCGAGUCGACCGUCCUAUUGCUCCCCUCCAAACUCGCAAAGACCGCGACUCACGCCCAUGCGCACGCUCGUCGCGCAGAAGAAACGCCCUUCACUCUGCACCCCACCGAAUCAUCCUCACCACCUCAACUCCUCGCAUCCAACUCAUCAGACGGAAACUUCACCCACCACCCCCUCCCCCGCGUCAUACCCGCCUGCUUCACCUCCCAGGCCCAAUGCACCAACACCACCAACGCCUGCUCCGGCCAUGGCUCCUGCUACGAGGCCCGCAACAAGUGCUUCAAAUGCCGGUGCACACGAACCUACAUCAAGAAGGGCGAUAAGGACGGCGCUGGCCAGAAGUCGAUUGCUUGGGGUGGCGGCGCAUGUGAGAAAAAGGACAUCAGUACCCCGUUCUUGCUGUUUGCAAGUUUCGGGAUCGUCAUGACGGGACUAGUGUUCGGCGCAAUUGGGAUGCUGUACAGCAUGGGCGAGACCAAGCUGCCUAGUGUGCUAGGGGCCGGCGUUGCUGGACCUACGGCGAGGAAGUGA